GAGCUCCUUGGUUGAUGAUAUUUGUUAGGAAUAAGUUAGCGUCAUAUUUAGGCUAAGUGAGCAGUUAGGAUUGUGUUAGUAAUAACUGCCAGCAGUUGCCUUAUUCUAGCGUUGUCCAAACGCCAACUUCUCCGAAGGGUUGCUAUGCCUAUUCGGAAGGGACGCGUACUGUAACCAACAUUGUAAAAGACGCCUGUUCAGAUACUAUAUAAGGCCUGAACAGUACAUCAAUGAGAUCAUCCAUUUUCACUUCACACUCUCUCGCUUCUCUCGUUUCUUCACACGUUAUCAUGCACUUGUCUCUGCCAAAGCAAUAGGCAAUAGUAGAAGAACAGAGAAAGAAAAAUGGCUGGCAUCAAUAAGAAAGAAUUUGAAGAACUACAAGUUGAUGGAAGUAACUAUUUAUCAUGGGCCAUGGAUAUGAAAAUAAAUUUGACUGGACGUAACCUUGGCCCUUGCAUUGCCACACCCCCUGAAAAUGCUCCAGAAAUACCACAAGUGGUAAAGUAUGUGGCAUUGCAUUUCAUAAGGCACCACCUCCAUCCUGAUUUAAAAACUGAAUAUCUGAUGGAAGAGGACCCACUAGCUUUAUGGAACUCCCUAAAGGAGAGAUAUGACCAACAAAGAGCAGUAAUGUUGCCGGAAGCCCAGAGAGAAUGGUCUCUCAUAAGGUUCCAGGACUUUAAGUCUGUGGCUGCAUAUAAUUCUGCAGUGCAUAAGAUUAAUUCCAAACUGAGAUUUUGCAAUAAGCAAGUUUCAGACGAGGACUUAAUAGAGAAAACCUUAUGCACUUUCCACCCCUCGAUGAGGAUAUUGCAACAGCAGUAUCGUCAACAGAAAUACACAAAGUAUUCUGAGCUUAUAUACACAUUACUUCAGGCUGAGAAGCAUGAUGAACUUCUCAUGGAAAAUCACAAUGCUCGCCCAACGGGCGCCAUGCCAAUCCCUGAAGCACAUGCUAAUGCUCAUUUUACUAGUAAAUUUGGAAACCAUAAAAGGAACUUCCGAAAAUUUAAGGGAAAGUGGAAACUGAACAAUGGUCAAAAGACCAACGGUCCAUCUAAGGGGAAUGGUCAUUUCAAUAAAAAUAAUCAAAAUGACAACUCUCAAACUUGUCAAAGGUGUGGAUGUACGAAUCAUCGUACUAAUGAAUGCAGUAUGCCCGAACACCUCGUGGAACUAUACAUGAAGUAUGGCAAAGAAGUCAAACAAGUUUAUGGAAACAAAGCUGAAGCUCACUUCAACGACAUACAAGACAACUCUCAAGUUGGUCCAUCUCAAAGUUCUAUUGAAGAAUUCAAGCCAAAGGACGAUAUCAUCCUCGAUGAAGACAUGCUUGUGGACUACACCCAAGAUGUUUUUGGAGACCUCAAUUAAACUCCAUAAACACUUGAUGUCAUUUAGCCAUUAAAUUACUACAAAAUGUUAUAUUGUAUAACAAUAAGUAGAAUAAAGUCUAUCAGACUAUGUAAAAAGUCUAUCAGACUAUGUAUAUUGUAUUAUGUGAAUCAGACAUAAUACUGUAAUGUAUUUAUAUUUGAUAUUUGUAACAUAAAUACUAUGUUGAUGAAUAUGAAUAAAUAUAUAUUCUAUA